UUCAAUAAUAUCAUCAAUAGCAACAACAAUCAGAGUAGUAUCGGCAACAAUACAAAUGCACUAGCCGAUAGUGAAGAUGCCAUGAAAGUAAAGGAGCGCGAAAAAGUAAUGGCUGAUAAGAAUUCAAAUGAAGCAUUGGAGGUGAUUAAGGAAGCCGAAGUCGAAGGUGUCGUCCAACGAAUGAACGGAGCAGCCGUGGAUGCCUGCAAGUCGGAAAAUAAAGCUUCACCUUCACCUGCACUCCAGCAGCCUGCUCACGAAAAAAUGCUCUAUGAUACGCGCAUUCGGCGAAAAAAUGUGCUGGCACUCAACGAGAAAGUGGCGGCCAUACGCGAAUAUGAAAAAUCACCGGUCUAUAAGCGAGUUGGUCGCCUCUUCCACUGCAGUCCCGAUCAGAUAAAACGCAUAGUACAGCAAAAGGAUAGCAUACUUGAGGCAUGGCAACAACGUACGCGCCGCUGUCACGCCAAGACGCUCGAGAUGAAGGUG